GAUGCUGAUCCAGAGCAGCACUACCAUAACCACUGCAUGAUCAGCACAUACAGCAAUCAUGACAGAGCGUUUCACACGCUUCUAGACUUCCUUGGAUGGACAUGGAGCAAAAUCAUUUCAAAUUAUUUUUGAAGAAUCUGCCGCUGUUCUUCCUUAUCGUGGAACACGUUAAACCGGCAUUAUCAGAUGGUUGGAUCCAUGCACACGCAGAAGAUAAACUCUUUAAAAAACUCUUCAUCGGUUACAAUAAGUGGUCCAGACCUGUGCGGAACAUCAGUGAUGUUGUUAUCAUCAAAUUUGGCCUCUCGAUCGCUCAGCUUAUUGAUGUGGACGAGAAGAAUCAAAUGAUGACAACAAAUGUUUGGCUGAAACAGGAAUGGAACGAUUAUAAACUGCGCUGGAAUCCAUCUGAGUUUGAUAAUGUGACGUCUAUUAGAGUCCCGUCAGAGAUGAUUUGGGUGCCUGACAUUGUUUUAUACAAUAAGUAA